CUCCGCCAUCUUGGAGUAAUCAGGCGGUUGCGUCUGCAAGCGAACUCAAACUUUAUGUUUUCAAAUAACAUUUGCAGUAAAAUGGAUAUAGCAAAGUUUGUUUUCUCACACAAGGAUAAACAUGUACAUGAAGGAUACAGUGGUUCUGGGAUAAAAGCACCUACGCUAAGUGAAGAUGAGGAUGAUGGAAAUGAAGACACAUUGGCCUGGGAUGAUUCAGCUAUACCAGUUGGAGGUGGUAGCACUCCAGUUACUGGGUCAUUUGUUCCUGCUAUUGGAGGGCCAUUUUCUGCCCUGACACCAAGUAUGUGGCCACAAGACAUUCUGUCUAGAAUACAACAGACUGAGGAUUCAGGAAAUAGACCUGAGGGACAGUAUGAUGAGUUUGGUUUUAUAAUUGACGGAGAUCUUGAACAUGAAUACAAAGACCCAGAUCCAGGCAACUUUGUKACUAAUGAAGAUGAAGGACUUCGUUUGAAGUGGACAGCAUACUUAGAGUUCACACAGAACCAGGACGUUGCUGAUAUGACAUGGGAUAAGGUGUCACCAACAUUUCCUCGUUCAGAGAAGCUAAGAGAGCUUGUUUUCUUGGGUAUACCACACAGCAUGAGAGCACCUGUAAGCAUUUCAGACAUGGUUUCUUUUUUUACUUGUACAAACAUGUGUGCUAUCAGAUUACGAGGAUGGUUCCCUGCAAAGUUUGUACAAAUACUUGAUGAAAGAAGUAAAGAAUACUCAUCAGCAGGAGAUGACUCUGUAUCUGAGACUGUAACUGACUUAGUACGGGGAGGUCUCUGUCCAUCUCUCAAGAGUAUCUUUGAACAUGGCAUGAGACGACCAUCAAUAUUAGGUGGACCCUGUCAUCCCUGGCUGUUUAUUGAAGAGGCAAGCCAAAGAGAAGUAGAAAGAGAUUUCCAGUCUGUGUACUCAAGGCUAGUGUUGUGUAAAACGUUCAGACUGGAUGAAGAUGGAAAGGUUCUUUCACCAGAGGAAAUACUCUAUCGGGCAGUGCAAUCAAUCAACAUGAGCCAUGAUACGGCAGGAUCACAAAUGGAUGUUAAGUUUCGAUCAUUAAUCUGCUAUGGAUUAAAUGAGCAAUGUCUACACCUAUGGCUGGAAUCACUUUGUGCUUGCGAAGACACUGUUGCUAAAUGGUAUCAUCCAUGGUCAUUCCUUCGCAGCCCAGGGUGGAUACAAAUCAAGUGUGAAUUAAGAAUUCUUGCAUCAUUUUCAUUCAAUUUAAAUGUCGACUGGGAACUCACCAAUGAGCCCAAGGCCAUUAUUGACCCAAUUGUAGAUGAUAAACAUUUACAGCAGCAGGUAACACAGCCAAUGAAAGACGGAGUACGUGACAUGUUGGUUAAACAUCAUCUCUUCAGCUGGGAUCUCUAAUAUGUCAAUAUUUUAGAAUAUUGCUUGUAGAUUGGUAGAAAACAGAGGGUUGGGGUUGGGUUGGGCUGUACAGGCAGCAAGGAAUGAUAAUAUUAUUCUUAGCAUAUUUAUUCUUAGAUUUACAAAAUAGAAAUAAUAAUAUUCAGAAUAUUGUUCUUCAGAAGUAUACAUUGUAAAAUAUAUUAGGGCUCUAAGUCCACAAAGGUCAAGUCCAAAUUUAUUGUGAUCAACAUUUAGAAUCUCAAAGUUAGAAGAAUAACAAUUGUGAAAGUAAGGAGAAUUUGGAGGCUCAUAAGGUUAAUGAAAAUAUAACUUCUCAAUAGAUUGGACAUAUUUUGUGCUACAUAAAACAACCUAAAUAAAUAGGUAUAAAUGUU